AUGAAGUUCAACUUCCCUGACGAUGACAUCAUGGUGAUAAGGGAUUACGAAAUACCAGGACCCGACGAAGGACCUGAACCAGGGGCAAUAUGGACACUUAUGUUCGAUGGGGCCUCAAACGCAAUAGGACAUGGUAUAGGGGCAGUCUUGACAUCUCCUGACAAUCGUCACUUACCUUUCACUGUGAGACUAUGCUUUGACUGUACCAACAAUAUUGCAGAAUAUGAAGCAUGCAUAUUGGGAUUAGAAGCUACGAUUGAUCUAAGGAAUAAAUUACUUGAGGUGUAUGGGGAUUCAGCAUUGGUGAUCCACCAAGUCAAUAAAGAAUGGGAUACUCGAGAUGCAAAUCUAACCCCAUACCGGGACCUCAUACCGGAGUUAAUGGCUGAAUUUGAAACAAUCACUUUCACUCACAUCCCAAGAGAAGAAAAUCAAAGGGCUGAUGCACUGGCAACACUUUCCUCUAUGUUCAAGGUAACUUAG